AUGGAAAUAAGUUUAUCGAGUAGUAUUUCAAGUGGAAAAGCAUGUGCAUGUAAUAAAGUUGUCAAAAACGUCCAACGCGUGGCGAAAGCUGGGUGUUCCGAUGACAAUGAUGCCGUUGCCGCUUUACCUGACGACUGGGUUCCACGGCACAGUGGUCCUAUUCUUAAAAACUAUCUAAAACAACGCGAACAAGAUCAUCAAAGUGUUUCUGACGAUAUUUUAAAAUGUACUGCGGUAGUUAAUCGUGCUAUUGAUGAGAAAAUACGCAAGCUUUCUGAAAAUCUUUUGGCUAACAUAUUUCAAAACCAGCUUGACAUGGACUGUGUUAUUGAAAAGUGUGAUAAGAAAAAGGAAUUAUUAGGAAAAAAAGAUUUUGACGAAGCUAUGAAGCUUAUUAAUGAAUUAAAGUUAAAACGCAUCGACGAAAUUCUAUCUUUUAAAAAGGAAGCAAACGCACUUGAAAAAGAAAGGGGUGAUGGUUUGAAGAUUGUAUUACGGGAAAAAUUUCAGCAUCUCAUUUCUGUCGGUCACUUGACUCCCAAAGAAUUAUUGCACAAUUUCGAUGAACGUAUCUAUGAAAUUAAUCAACAGCUUUUAAGUAAUACUAGAGCGUUUAUUGAUUUAGAAGCACAGUUACGGGCCCAAUUGGACGCAAGUAUUGUAGAUAUGAGAAGUAACCUUAACCAAUUGGCUUUGGGCGUUGGAUUAAUGUACAGAAAACGUGAAUCAGUUACUACUGUACGUGUUUACAAAGAUUCAAAAAUAUCACAUCGUCGGUCUUUAAGCGCUGAUUUCUGUAUUACUGGGAUGGUUCUAGGUCAUUCGUUAUUGAAAGAUGUAAAGGAGUUAGAUGCAUGCAUUGCGCGAGUAGUGCAGGCCUACCGUACAGCGGUAUACAAAAUUUAUACUGCAUUCUCUGUUAAAAUGGAUGACCUAGAAAAUGAUCUUUGCGGUUUUCAGGUUAUCAAUGAUUUGAACCACAUACACCUGUGUGAAAUUUCUGAUUUCCAAAAGUUAAUCGAGGUACCUUUGCGGCGUUUGUCUGUUAUCACAAAUACUACUGCUAACUCUAAAACACUGUUUGAAAUAACAGGGGCCGAUGUAAUAACGAUGCAAAAAAGUUUGUAUUCGUUAGGAGAACGUCUGCAAAAUACUUACUUGAUACUAAAUCACGCAGGUCACCUUUGGGAUUCUCAUAUUUUACGAUCUGCUCAUGCUCAGAAGUUAACUAUGUGUGCUGUUGAAGACCUUAUAACUAGCCAUGAUGCCAUAGAGCUUGCUAACGAAAUUCAGCUCAGUAUUGCAAUGGAACAGCUACGAUGUGCGCCCGAUGCAGAAAAGUUACAACAGAUAUACGAUCCUAUUGUGUUGUUGUUGGAAAAGACGGCUGAAAUAUAUGUUCAACAUAGUGAGUCUGAAUUAGGUCGUCUCGAAGAAUAUAUGAACUUUCCUGCUUACCUUUCAAAUACGUUACUUUCUGAAUUCGAUUUGUUUCUUGAAAAAUAUUCUAGAUCGUCAGGUGUACCUAACAACGUUACAAGUCCUCGUAAAGUUUCGACACCACCAACGCGAAACUCUAGCCAGCUUUAUUUACCGCUUCCUCGAGCCAUAUUACAAACAGAACUACAAGAACUAGCAUUAAACAAUUGGAAAAACGGAUUCUUAGAAUCUUUUCAGAGUAAUAUUGUAUCAGUACCAGAACAGUUAAGGCAACAAGCUCAGUUAUGGGUUGACGAGCGUAGUACAUCAUUACAUAUGCGUUAUUCCUUUAAAAUGGUGUCCCACAGUGUUCGUCUGGAGCGUGUAAAAGCUGCAAGAGACGCUCGCCUCGCAGAGUUACGACAUCACGAUGCUCGCCUUGAGUCACAUUUGCAUGCAAUUUAUAACCUUAUCGACCGUUUACCUGUCGAAGUUUCGGAAUUUGGGGCCAUCGAUUCUCCAAUAUUUUAUCCAUACGUUUCAAUGCUUGACCGUAUAACGAAUAGUAUCAAUGAAGUUCUAGAUCAGGAUCCACCAAAUCUUGAAGAGAAGAAAUUAAAAAUGUCAAGCUACGCCCUUCGUUUACCUAAACACAGAGAAUUAUUCGAAGAAUCUCUUGACAAAGUUAUCACAGAUUACAAAUUACUAUUAGAGCAUGGUUUUCAAGAGGCUAGAGUUUCUAAUGUUCGCUUCAUGGCACAAAUUAAAAUGUUCAGUGAGGGAGGAAAAUAUGCUACCCAGGAAGCUAUAAAGACAAGCGCGGCUUUAACAAAAGCGUCUGAAACAUUAGAAGUAUGUAGCAACAAAACAUUGGAAGCAUUACACCAACGCCGCUCUCAACUAUUAGCUCAGGCUGAUAGUCUGUUACUGCCAGUAAUGCGCAUAGUCGCUGAUGUAGCCAAAGGUUCUACUAAAGGAAACAAACAAUUGGAAAAGAGUAAAAGCAUGACAAAGAAAAAGUGA